GUCAAGAUGGCAGAACUAUUUAUGGAAUGUGAAGAAGAGGAGCUAGAACCAUGGCAAAAGAGAGUGAAAGAAGUGGAGGAGGAUGAUGAUGAUGAUGAGCCAAUCUUUGUUGGGGAAAUCUCAAGCUCGAAGCCAACUAGUACAUAUAUAUUGAACAGAGUCAACCUCAGCUCAUCACGAAGGGGGAUACAGAAUGGUGCACCCAGUAGAGGUACAGUUACUGCAUUCAAGCCUGACAGUUAUGCAACACCUGCCUCCAGCCCUGGUGCCAUGCCUCUUCCGUCAGUCUUUCAGACCGUACCCAGAACUACAACUAUCUCUGUAGCACUCCAGCCAUUGUCUAUACCAGUGAAUAUUUCAGGAACUACACAAACACUGCAGAUACCAGUUGCUGGAUGUUUAUCAACAGAGCAGAUGCCUGGGUCAAGCUCUGGAAUAUCACAGCCUGCUAGCAGACCUGCAGCCAUUGCGGUGACAACGCAGUCAGUAUCAAGAAAUAUCACGGUUCCUAUAGUGGCUCAGCCCAUAUCCAGCACUGUAACAACAGAGCCUGUAAUACUCAACCAGGAUUUUAUUAUGGAUUUGCCACCAGAUGCACCAGAUAACGCAUCUGGUAUGCUGUUUGGUGUGAGACACAGCUCAGGAGUUCCACAGUACCAGACUGAGCCAGCAGUGAAUGUAACAGAUGCAAAUGCUGUAUCAAAUACGAUUAAAAAUGGAGGACCUUUUCCACGAGCUUGUCCGAAGUGCAAUAUUCAUUUCAAUCUUAUGGAUCCUCUAAAAAAUCAUAUGAAGUAUUGUUGUCCAGAAAUGGUAGAUAACUUUUUCCUGGAAGUGGCCAAAACAGAAUGUUCGAGGACAACAAACCAGGUGGCUGAUUUUGAGAAAGGAAAAUUGAUUAUGUUAGUUAACGACUUCUAUUAUGGGAAACAUGAAGGUGACACUCAGCAGGUUCAACAGGAGCAGAAGACUCAUACGACAUUUAAGUGCUUCAGUUGUCAGAAAGUUCUUAAAAAUAACAUAAGGUUUAUGAAUCACAUGAAACAUCACUUGGAGCUUGAGAAGCAGAGCAGUGAAAGUUGGGAAAGCCACACCACCUGCCAGCACUGUUACCGUCAGUUUCCCACCCCGUUCCAGCUGCAGUGCCACAUUGAAAGCACACACACGCUUUAUGAGUCAUCUACAAUUUGUAAGAUCUGUGAAUUAUCCUUUGAAUCAGAGCAAGUUCUUUUGCAACAUAUGAAGGACAAUCAUAAGCCAGGUGAAAUGCCGUAUGUUUGCCAGGUAUGCAACUACAGGUCCUCAGCUUUUUCAGAUGUAGAAACACAUUUUAGAACAGUUCAUGAAAACACAAAACAUUUGUUGUGCCCAUUUUGCCUCAAAGUAAUUAAAAUUGGAGCACCAUAUAUGCAUCAUUAUAUGAAGCAUCAGAAAAAAGGAAUAUACCGUUGCACCAAAUGCAGACUGCAAUUUUUGACCUGUAAAGAAAAAAUGGAUCACAAGACUCAGCAUCACCGAACAUUUAGGAAACCCAAACAGUUAGAAGGACUGCCGCCUGGAACAAAGGUGACAAUUCGAGCAUCUCUUGGAUCUCUUCAGUCAGGAUCAUCAGCUAUAUCUUCUGUUAGUACAAGCAGUUCCACGUUUCAGUUAUCACCUAAAGCUAAAAAUACAACCACUAAAAAUCAUAACAGAUCUAAUACAAAUAAGUCAAAAGCAAAAUCAAAAACAGCUACAUCAAAGAAGCAAAAUACAUGGACCAACAGCAAAAAAAAAAAAGUUACAAAUACAGCAUUGUACAAUUUAAGGUACCAUUUGGGAGCUCACAAAUGCAUUGAGUGUUACUCAGAAAUAAAAGAUUUUGCAAGCCAUUUUCCUGCUUAUGUCCAUUGUAGCUUGUGCAGGUAUAACACUAGCUGUAGCAAAGCCUAUGUGAAUCACAUGAUGAGUUUUCACAGUGCUCGUCCAAGUAAAAGAUUUUGGAUCUAUAAGAAGCAUUCAGAAGAGCUACGAGGUUUGACUGUAGUGUGUCUUAACUGUGACUUCCUUACUGAUGUUUCUGGCUUAGAUAGCAUGGCCACACAUUUGAGUGAAAGCUACUCUCAUACUUGUCAAGUUAUUCUAGAGAAAGUUUCUGUAGAUACCCCAACUGCUGAACAAGUAUCUGACGAACAGGAGCAGAACUCUCCAGAUGAAACAGAAGAAUGCAAUAGAAGUCAAACUACAAAAUUUGCAUCAGUUGAAAAGAAUGAAGAAAACUCAUCACUGUCAAAUACAGAAAAUGUUCCUAGUUUGGAACUUCCUGACAGCAGCUCAAAGAAUUCUUUGCAUGAGAAAGGAGCAUGUUGUGAUUCAGAUAAUAACAAACAAUUAGUAGAGGAGAAAGAGAAAUGUAUUCGUGAUGAAAGCGUGUUGAAAACUUGCCAAAGUUCAGAUAACAUUAUCUUAAAUGAGCAGACUAAAGUACAUAGCUUGGAUGAAACUUCACUUUCAGCCAAGAAAGCAAGGGACUUAAAACUUACAUUGGGCGAAGAUGUUAGUUUUGAGCAGUUCUUGAGAAAACGAGAUGAGCCUGAAUCCAUUAGCUCAGACAUGAGUGAACAAGGCAGUAUUCAUUUGGAGCCUUUGACUCCAUCAGAGGUACUAGAACAUGAAGCUACUGAAAUUCUUCAAAAAGGUAAUGUUGCACCUUCUUCGAAGAAAGCUGGACAGGUCUCUGAACAAACAGAUGAGACUUCUGAGGAAAGCAGCCCUGACAGAAUGGAAACAACUGUAAACAAGACAGAUGAAAAUGAAGCAAGCUGAAAUUAAUUUAAUUUUGUUAUUUGUUAUAAACAAUGGUAGCAGCAGCGUGGACCAUUCCUGAUGAGUGUGCUCAUUGAUGCUAAUUAUUAAAAAUAGAGUGGAGAGGAAAGGGAGGAGGGCAAGACAGUAAUAGGAAGUUUUGCAUAUCAAGAUAGCUUGUAUGUGUGUCUACAACUGAUUAAAUUUACAAGUGAACACUUAGAAGUAUAUCCUGCCUCUCAGAUGUGAUAUAUAUCUUAUCAGAUUGACAUUUGAAAGGAGGAAUAAAUUCUAAUUUUUAUAGCUAACUAGCUGGGGAUAAGGUGAUUUGUUUGCCAAGAAAAUAUUUUUUUAAAUCCUUCAGUGUGAAUAUUAUUCAACAGUGGAACUCAGUGUGAAAUCACAGCUUUUGCUGAAAGGGAGCACACUUGUAAUGAUGGUUAUUGGUCUGCUGAUAAUUUGAGUAAACAAACUUUUCGAGUUGGUGUCACAUUCCUGUCUGUAAAAGCAUGUAAACAGAAUUAUAUGAAUCUAUGCACCUCUGUACAGGUGUAAUCCUGCUGGACUGCAAGCUUACCUUAAUAAACUUUCAGUGAAAGUGGAAUUAUUACAAUAAAAAUGUAUAUUUGUGGGGUUUUCAGUGUGCAGGCUGUGCAGAAAUACCGAACAUAAUUGUAUGAAGUAGAAGAUACUGCUGAAAGUACUGUAACUGUUAGGCUUUUAACGUUGUUUUAAUUAUUCUUAGCUGUAGACCCAUAGGAAUGGUCUGUAAGUCACACCAAAGUACAGUUUAAUGUAAAAACUGUUUUAAGCAAACCCCCAAACUGGAAACACCAACUGGCAUCUGUUCUGCCAUUUUGCAGCUGCUACUGGCUAACUUACAAGAAGGACUCAAGGGCAUAUAAAGUAGAAUUGUACAGUUCAGUUUCAGGACUUUUUGUAGACUAAAUUGUGUACAGAAAAGUGGCUGCUGGUUUUGGUUUGGGUUUUUGGGUUUUUUUCUUUGUUUCUUUUUUGUCUUCUAGUUAGCUAGAUACAGGAAUGCAUAGGAUUAA